AUGGGAGGCCGGCGGUCUCCAUUAGAACCGGGCUUAACAUACCAGGUGAAGUUAAAGGGUGACCUCGGGGUAUCCGAAGAGGAUGAGGAACUCGAGGGUUUCAGGCGGGAGGCGGCAAUCCUGCGUGACAAGCUGUGGCAGGCUCUCAGUCUUACAUCUGGUAACAAAAGGCAGUCCAGUUCUUUGAUCGACCUCACCUCGGACAGUACCUGGGAUCAGCAAAAGCCUCACUUGUUUCCUAAAUCCCGCUUGCAGCCAAAAAGUGCUUCAUCUCCCUGGAUUCCUUCCAUCACCAUCCCUCAGCCUUUUGAAAUGACACUGCGGGAAGCUCGCAAAAAGUCCCAGUUGAUGAAGUCAUACAUGUUUCUUGAACUAGACAAACAGAGAGACAAAAGGCAAAGCCAGGACGAAGCUGAAUGUCAGAAACAGUUCCGGGCACAGCCUGUACCUGCCCAUGUAUUUCUGCCCCUUUAUCAGGAAAUAAUGGAGCAGAAUGAGAUUCGCAGGCAAAUAGCAACACAGAAAAGAAAGGAGCUGCUACUUUCAACCCAGCGGCCCUUCAGUUUCCUGGAGAAGGAGGAGAAAAAGAAAGAAGCUAUCAGACAAAAGUUCCUGGCAGCAGCAUCCCCAAAUGACAGCUCCAAACAGAAGCAAGCCAGUAAAAAAGUUCCUAAAUCUACUUAUGACCCACUUCUUGGAGAUAAACUCAAAGAAGCUGAACUCUACCGAGAAAUUCGCAUUCGAAUGAGAGCAAAGGAUUUGCUUGAGAGCUCCGUAGCUCCUAUAGACACUAGCAACUGUCGGAGGGAUCCUCAGUCCCGAACUGCUACUAAAACUAAGCAGGAAAGACUUGGCUUCUUGCAGGACAAAAGUUUCAGCUUCAAGCCGAGAAUUAAUCCAACAGUACCGGAUUUUGAAGGACUUUACUGGGCAUUUCAGAGGGAAGCAGUAAGGAGACAAGAAAUCAAAGAGGCAACUCGUAAUAAGCCAUUCAAGCUAAGAACCUCCAAUCUCCGUGGCAGGCAGAGGCAGGCUAAUGAAAAGAUAAAGGAUUCUCAGCAACUUUCCAAAGUUUCAGUGCAAAAAAGUCAUUCUCUGACUGGACUUUCCUCUCUCUCUUCCAACACCCUUCCAGUGCAUAUUACAGAUGCAACUAGAAAAAGGGAAUCUGCUAUUAGAUACUCCCAAGAUAACAAAAAGGAAGGGGACAAAGAAGGAAUUUAUUGGCUGGAGAAACAGAAAAAGAAAUGUCAAACUAUACAAAAGUCAGUGAACAGUCGAGCAAAAGCCCUGGAUCCACAUAAAAGUCUGGAGGAAACACACAAGGAGAAAUUGAAACAGAACCGGCAAAAUAUGAGAGAGAGAACAAAGGAAUACAGAAAGGAGCUGGAAGAAAUGCAGCUGCGAGUCAAGAACAGACCGUACCUCUUUGAACAGGUCACCAAGCAUGAUGCUCGUCAAGGAGCAGAGCGUCGCUACAGACACACCCUCCAGCAGGUUGGGCUAAGUGAAGAAUUUGUAAGGAAAAAAGGGAAAGAUGCCACUGACUUGCUAGAAGAAGAAUCUGACGUUCACAGAGCGCCCAAGCCUCGGGGUGAAAAGGACAACUGUACUGUACAGGAAGGAGAACCUCAAGAGGAACAGAGUGGAAAGGAAAUGGCAACAUAA